AUGCAACCUGGUGAUGGCAAUCAUCAUCGUUCAACAACAGUGAAUUUCAACCCGUUCUCUUCAUCCUUUGGUAGAGAAUUUGCAGAUGCAUCGAAUAGUAUAAGGUGGUGGUGGUCAUCUUCAUCGUCGAUGGGCUCUCCGAAUUCCAUCCAAGAGCAAAUUUCCCUAACGAAUGAUUCGGAAAAUCAAGCUACCCAUUCAUCGUCAUCACCAUUCCUUCAACAUGAAACCCAUGCCAAUGCACAACAUUGUUCAUCCUUACCGUUUGGGUCCAACAACAACAACAACAAUGAUUAUUACUUCAUGAAUGGCGAUGCCAACCCAACAAGCCAGCAUCCUCUACAAUUUCCUUCCUCCCUCUUGGUUGUCUCAUCCUUCCGACGAGAAAGUGGUGAUGGCAGUGGUGGUCAUGAAGCGAACAACAUUCAUGUCCUUUCAUCGCCAACACUACCACCAACAACAUUAACCACAGGAGCAACUACUUUCCCAACAACAUUGACCCUACCAACAACAACAACAACAACAUUAACCAACAACCAUCUUAACCAUCUUGAUACCUCUUUCAUUCAACCUGCUUCUUCCUUUUUGGAAAUUCCUCAAUAUUUCGCUAUAUCCUGCAUCAACUUAUCUGGAGAUUAUAUCGAAAAACGACGAGAGGAUCAUGAAAGUCAUCACGUUGUUUCUGCAUUCACAGAAUUCGACGAAGAAACUGGACAUUUAAAUAAGAGAGAUGUCCUUGAGUUUUAUUAUGAGUUUGCGUGUGACGGAUGUCCAUGUUUUCCAAGAGAAGAAUUUGAAAAGUUUCUUUACACGUCACCAUUAUCGAGUAAUGAAUCCUUCACUGCUAAUUCAUCAUCUAAAAUCAGCUCAAGUGGCAAAGAAAUCAAUUUUGAACAAAACACCAAUACAGAAAAUACUCCGAGUCGAUAUCAUGAAGAAUGGUUUGCCAUCUUUUUUGUCAUAUUCUAUUUUACAAACAUUAUUGGAGAUCAUUUUGAAAAGAUGGGUAUUCAACAAGUGAUACAACGAAUCCCUGAAAUUUUCUCAUUUUUCACUGGCAAACAAUGCCCAGUUAAUUGGCUGAAAUUACUCCAACAAGAAAUUACAUCAGAGAACUGUUUUGAAAUAUGGAAUGUCAUACAAGUGAUUAUCGACGACUUAAAACAAGUGGUGAUCAAUAGUGUACAACGUCCAUCAACGAAACAAGCAAUGGCAUGUUAUGGUUAUAGCAAAGAAUAUAGUUGCAUGAUUGAGCCAGUGUUUACAUUAUUUUCACACAGCGUCAAAAUUUCGAUUCUUGCCAAAUCAUCGUCACCAUUAGUGAAGGGAAUAAUUGAGAAGUGUGCUUUGGAAAUCACACAACUAACAGACCAUGAGGCAUUUCCCCUAUUUCCAGUGGAGAUUGUGGCUUGCAUAUUAGUUGCUGGCCAAAUUCACGUUCAAAUUGUCAAGAUGCUCUUGCAACAAGAUUCUACUGAUUUUGUGUACAAUAAUACGAAUUAUUUCGAAAUUUUACAAAAGGAUUUGAGAGCUAUUGACAUUUUGCGCAAAAGAUACAAAAUUCUUUCAAAAUUUAAUCAUGUGAUUAGAGAAGUGGAAGAGUGUGCAGCAAUGAUUAAGGCGAAAGUUGCAUUGUCGACAUUACAACGAGAUGUCAUCUUGUCUGAUCCAAACGAGAGCACAGUUGGGGAUUUGCAAAGGCCAAUCUUAAAUGGAACGCAACAACAAGAAGAGAAUUUGGAUCGGCAAGAAACCAAUUUCUUGCUCUUCGAGGACAUGGUAUCCGCAAAUUUACUUUCCUCGGAUGACCUUAAUAAUGUGUUCGACUUUGAAUAA